GAUUCCUCACAGGCUUCCGUAGUAGCAGGAAGUGGAGCUGUUGGCGUCAGGACACCAUUCACUAGUCUCAGCUAGCGUCGGCUAAUUGUUUAAGUGUAUUAAGAGCGUAUUGCAGAGUUGACGAGAAGCAUCUCCCAUCUCAUCGUGCAACGUCACGCCCGAGUUCAUACUCUCAUUGAGUGUUGAAAACUCCUCAGCGGUUUUGUACGGGUCUCCGGUUGCGGUGGCGAUGGGUGACAUUCGUCAGUCGUUGCUGCCUCGCGAUGUGCUGAGUGCAGCCAAGGAGCUGCUGUAUCACCUGGACAUCUACAUCUGCAACGUGGUGCAGUCAGGGAGGCAGCCUCCUCAGGUCGACUCCAAGACCCAGGAGCUGGUCGAGGAGUUCAUUCUGCAUGCGCCCAAGGACAGAAACACGCCAGCCAGGCGGAUGAGUGCUCUGCAGGAGCUACAGCUUUUGGAGAUCAUGUGCAGCUGUUUUCAGGAACAGAGCCGCGAUACUGUCCGCCAGCUCAUGUUCUCUGCCCUCUUCAAUCUCCAAGGCAACCAGGCAGACGAAAGUCGCAUGUCGCUGUUAGGCAAGCUGGUCUCCAUGGCAAUCGCUGUGGGCAGGGUUCCCAUCUUGGAAUGUGCUGCUACCUGGUUACAGAGAACCCAUCGUGGGUACUGCGUGCGCCUGGCUCAGGUUCUAGUAGACGACUACUGUAGUAUGGUGCCAGGCUCGGGGCCCACCCUGCAGAACAUCCAUAACGCAAGCCCGCGCUUCUGCUGCCAGUUCAUCACCGCUGUCACCACCCUCUAUGACCUCACCACAGAGGAGCUCACCCCUCCUCUGGAACUCCUCCAGAUGAUUGUGUCGUGGAUCCAAGAGGACCCUGGUCUGGUCCUAAUCAACUUCCUGAACACGGCCCUCUCUGGCAAUCAGCCAAUCAGCUCGCUUGACGUCACGCCCUUGGGGGGCCUGAUGCGCUGGUGCGUCAAAGCCUCCCUGAUCUACAGCAGAGACAAGAAGAAGGGGUUAACUAAUGGGUCUGCUGAGUGUGAACUGGAGGUGGGGCCUCUUUUCUCUGCUCUCCAUCUGAGCGUCCUACAGGUGCUCAUGCUUUUGCCAAACAUACUGAAUGAGAAGGGGCUUUUUGGUCGCCUAGCACUGCUCCAGGUGGAGUCCCUGGCUGCACUGACCUCAGACCUCUCCAGGCUGUUGGACCAGGCCGACAAACACACUCACACGUCGUCCACGGAUUCUUCUGACCUCUCGGAGCUGGCACUGGACCGGCUGGCUCAGGCCCUGCAGGUGGCCAUGGCCAAUGGAGCUCUACUCUGCUCGAGAGAGGACCUGAGAGCCAUCUGUUCCCGCCUGCCACACAAUAAUUUGCUCCAGUUGGUGUUGUCGGGCCCGGUGCUGUACUACAACAACAUCCACACACCCCCACUGGCCUUCAGCCCGCACGCUUCUCAUUCCCCCAUCGCCAGCCACCCGACACACACCCCGCACCCGCCUCUAGCCUCCUCUCACCCGCAGUACCCCGCUCAGCCCUUCAUGACGGGGAUGCAGUUCCCCUUCAGGCCCAGCCACUGAAAGAAAUGUCAAACUGGUUUGCAGAUGUGAAGUCCUGUGUGUGUGCGUAUGCGUUUUUGCUGUGCAUGAAUCAAUGAAUGUAUGUGUGAGUGAUGUUUAUGUGUUAUAAUGUUAACGAGCAGAUAUGCUUCUGCUAAUAGUCUGUGAGGCUGACACGUUUGUCAAUAAAUAUUUUUUUACCUCA